AUGGGGUUUGAGGGCGCCACAGAUUUUGAAGCCAGUCUAUCAACUAAUGAAGCUACAUUCAAGUCGGAAUCUUUUUGGGUACAAUUACACAAUUUACCACUUGCUGCAAUGACAGAGGAGUUGGGUAAGCUUAUUGGAUCAGGCAUGGGUAAGGUUCUCAAAGUAGAGUUUUUAGUACACUAUACCAUUCCAUUCUGUUUCGCUUCAAAAUCUAGUUAUUCCGAUCAAAUUCUGGUCAUUUUGGCUAGAAUUAGCAUUUCAGUCUCCGUUCUGUUUCGGAUUGUUUUGUAA